ACGUUCGUUCGUCCGCCCGCCCGCCCGCGAGAAGUCUCCAAAAGUCUGCCUUUUAAGGGCAAAAAGAGAGGAGAGCGCUCGAGCGGAUGAUGUCAAAAAGCAGAAGUCUCCUGACUCAUCGCUGGCGUUUGAAUAUCGACGGCCAACGACGCGCAACUGGUUGACCCCAAGUUGGACUUACCCGCUCCGCUGGCUUUUCCCGGGGCGCCGCCGCCGCCGCCGUUGAGCGAGAGGAAAAUGAGCGACCAGAGCAAAGACGCGCACGCCGCCGAAGAGAUGUGGCCAUUUUUCUGCCUGUGUUUACUGUACAUCCCUGUGGUGCCGCCCCGUUCUCCCUCUCUGUCGUCCUCGCCCGGUUGCUAAAGUCAGCCUGCCUCGGCGUCUCCCCUGCUUGCUUGUUUGCUUGCUUGCUUGCUUCUUUUCUCUCUCUCUCUCUGGAUCCUCCGACUUUACAACUAUAAAAGGGACGAGGAAUAGACCGCACAUCCGGUUUGGACUUUCAAAAUAAAAAGAGUUCGUCCUUUUGGCUCUCACGGGCGGAUUUUUUUGUGAAGUCGGAACCGUCUGAUCGUAGAAUAUUUAGCUCGACGAGCUAACGUUCGCACGUUGCGUUCACGUCAACUUGGUCAGGGGACUAUCUACACUUCACGUGCAUUUUACUGCUAAAAUAAAGCUCGCGGGCUUUUGUCUUCUUCAACUCCUCGUCUGCCUUUGCCGACGACAGACGUCCAGUAGAGUCGAUGACUCCACCUGAGAGCAGAAUUAGAUGGACAAAUGUACGUAGGCAUUCGCCGCCUUCACUUUCUCCAAGGUUUUUCGCCGUCGAGUCAUCACGUCGUCGUCUUCCGCGCGUCGGUGACGGCGAGACGACUACAACAAGCUAGCGUGUACUCAAGUCAAUGCCGACGCCAUUGUUGUUAGCAUACUAGCUACCGCUCGAACAUGACUUCGGCUUCCACCAAAGUAAGUUUCCGGACUAACGUUUCAUUCGAAGCGGACGUGAAUCAAAUGGACCUCGACGGCUAGCGGUUGAGGUAGCCAUGGCAACGGUGCGCGUUCAUUUUCAAACGCAGGUCGGCGAAAUCUUCUCCGCGGCCGGCGCCGCCUUCAGUCGCCUCGGAGAGCUCACCAUGCAGCUUCACCCUGUGGCCGAGGUCACCCCCGCCAGCGCUCACGCCAAGAGUCCGGUGAAGCGCAAGCACGAAGACGACGGCGGGUCGAAGGGCGUCCCGCACAAGCCCCCGGCGACUAAGAAAAGCGCCGCCCGGCCCGCGGCCGUCGUCGUCGUCGCCGCCGCGCAGCCGCCGGCCAAAAAGCGCAAGGCCGCAGACGUCACCCUGAGCGCCCUCAACGACUCCGACGUCAACAGCGACCUGGUGGACAUGGAGGGACUGGGACGCGGCUCCCCGUCCAAAAAACUCAACUUUGAUCAAGAGACCUUGAACUUGGACCCCGGCCUCAUCAUCAACUCCGGUGACCUUCCUUUGCUGUCGCACUGAGAGAAAGGCAUGGCAAGAAAAUCUCCAUGUUUUUUUUUUUUACCUUUUUUCUUUCUUUCUCCCAUUUUCACACGCCAGUGGUCAGAAACGGUUCACAAUGUCGUUCACAAAAUGGAGGACCUCACUCAAAUAAACCCUUGCUCAAUGAGUUUAAUGCAGCUGUAACACAGAGUAGACAGCCAACAGUACAAUGAUAUUGGGGCUUUUAAAAGUGCUACAUUUCCUGGAGAGAGAUCUUCCCUUAAUAGCGUGUCGUUUGUUGCCUGAUGAGCGAAUAUAAAAAAACAUGAAUGGGACGUGGACAAAGCGUUCGUGUGGAAAUUUUACAGGCUUAACAUCGCUCCUCGCCGGGUUCAGUCUAGUCGUCGAGGGGCUCGGUGGGCGGCCGUUGGUACGUGGCGCAGUGUCCCGCCCUGGACCAAAAGACAGGAGGG